AGAACGCAGCCAAGUGGUUAGCUGUUGGUCAGUUUCUGUUUUAGGGUCUCUAGUCUCUACGAUAGUAAACACACGAGAAGAAGAAUUUAAGUGAUCCUUUUCACCGAGAAUUUGUAGUUGUUGACACGAUGCCGAAGUACUAUUGUGAUUAUUGCGACACGUAUUUGACGCACGACUCACCAAGCGUACGAAAGACACAUUGCCAAGGUCGCAAGCACAAGGAUAACGUUAAAUACUUCUAUCAGAAAUGGAUGGAGGAACAAGCUCAGCACCUUAUCGACGCAACAACCGCUGCCUUCAAAGCUGGUAAAAUUGCCUCCAACCCCUUCGCGGCGAACAAGGGUGCAGCGAUACCACCCCCGCCGAAUCUCGGCUCCAGUUUGGGAUCGCGAUCUGGCGUGCCACCUCAAGGCCCUCCGGGAAUGAUGCCACCGCCAGGGAUGCACCCGGCCGGCCCAAUGGGUCCUGGUGGUCCUAUGAUGAUGGGCCCACAUGGGCCAAUGCCGCCUCCAAUGAUGGGCAUGAGACCUCCUAUGAUGGGACCGAUGGGGCCAAUGGGUCCUAUGAUGGGUCCUAUAGGACCCAUGGGACAUAUGAGACCUCCGAUGAAUGGACCACCACCUCCAAUGGUAGGACCACCACCCAUGAAGAAAUAACAGGCAGACUCUUGAUUUGUGUAUUAUUUAUGUAUGUCUGAUCAAAUUUAUUACUUUAUCGUACUGGAAUUGGUGAUGUGUGUUGGUUGUAUGAUAUUGCUGAGACAUUAUUGUACAGUUGAAAUUUCUACUUAUAUAAGAUUGAAGUAACUCUGCAGUCAAGAUAACAUUAGCAGUAUCGAUAUGCUUCAAAAUGACGUGUUCUAUGCUGAGUAAACGUAACAUUGUCAAUAACAUUCAUAUUUUAUUUUGUACCACAUGUUUGAUAUUGGAUGCGUAAAAGAUUUUUAGGAUAUAGAUAGGUUUGACAUUAAAGUUACUCAAUUUUCAAAAUUUUGCUGAUACACAUGUAUAUAUGAGAUCAUACAUGAAGUCAUGGUGAUAAAUGCAUACAUAUUACACAAGUACAUAUAAUAAGUACAUGUAAUAAGUACAUAUAUAACACAUAACACUGAAGUUCCUAAAACAAAUGUUUGUAAUAUUUCAGAAAAUCAUUCUUUAACACUUGAUUCAAACAUAUAAUGAUAUAAAGGCAAUUUCUAAUUAUUAUAACAUGUAGUUGUAAUUUAAAAUAUCCGAUUAACGAUAAACAGACAAUACUCAAAACCAAAUUGUCCGCUAAUAUGAGAAAUAAAUAAAUUAUUUAUGUUUUAGGAGCUUCAGUAUCUAUUUAAUAGAUUUACUUAUUACAUCAAAUAUUUCAAACUUUGUUACAACAGUACAUUCCUCUUAGAAUGUAUCUCUCUUGCAAAAUGAAAGUGAUUAAUUUGGUGAAUUUGUUAUAUUUUUGAUAAUUCUGUAUAAUUGUAGGUCAUGUUUUUAUAAAAUUUUGGUAAUUUCGAUGAAAAUAGAUAAUAUGUAAUCAUUUCCUCAACAUGAUAUGUAUAUUUAACGACACAUCUAAUAAAUAAAUCUACUCA